CGUCCGCCGGAAGGCUGCUUGUGCUGCGGGCGGCGGUGUCGCUGGCCCUUUCCAGCUCGGUGGCGGGUUCGGUGCCGAGGUCUUGUCGCGUAGCUUGCUGCUUCUGUCGCCCUGCUUCCAUGUCCCUGGUGGUCGCAGCACCCCGGACCCUGAACGCCCAUGGCCGCUAGUCUGAGGGAGUCCUCGUCGAGCCGCGACGUGGACGACGAGGGCGUUCGCGGCACCUGCGAGGAUGCUUCCCUGUGCAAGAGAUUUGCAGUAAGCAUUGGCUACUGGCGUGACCCAUAUAUCGAGCACCUUGUGAGGCAGUCUAAAGAAAGGAAGGCACCUGAAAUUAACAGAGGAUAUUUUGCUCGAGUCCAUGGUGUCAGUCAGCUUAUAAAGACUUUUCUUCAGAAGACAGAAUGUCAUUGCCAAAUUCUCAACCUUGGGGCUGGGAUGGAUACCACCUUCUGGAAAUUAAAGGAUGAAGGUCUUCUUCCAAGUAAAUAUUUUGAAGUUGACUUCCCAAUGAUAGUUGCGAGGAAGCUGCACACCAUCAAAAGCAAGCCUCUCUUGUUCAAACCCAUCCUAGAGUUACAUUUGGAGGACACUCUUCAAAUCGAUGGGUACAUGCUGGAUUCAAAAAGAUACGCUAUUAUUGGAGCAGAUCUCCGAGACCUGUCUGAACUGGAAGAGAAACUAAAGAAAUGUAACAUGAAUACACAGUUGCCAACACUCCUGAUAACUGAAUGUGUGCUGGUUUAUAUGACUCCAGAACAGUCGGCAAACCUCAUCAAGUGGGCAGCCAACAGUUUUGAGACAGCCAUGUUCGUAAACUACGAACAGGUGAACAUGGAUGACCGGUUUGGGCAGAUCAUGAUUGAAAACCUCCGGAGGCGACAGUGUGACCUGGCAGGGGUAGAAACCUGCAAGUCAUUAGAGUCACAGAAAGACCGGCUGCUGUUGAAUGGGUGGGAAACAGCAUCAGCAAUCAACAUGAUGGAGUUGUACAGCAGGUUACCACGAGCAGAGGUGAACAGAAUAGAAUCCCUCGAAUUCCUGGAUGAAUUGGAGCUUCUAGAACAGCUCAUGCAGCAUUAUUGCCUGUGCUGGGCCACCAGAGGAGGCCAUGAACUUGGCUUGAAGGAGAUAACCUGCUGAUCUGUGGAAGGCUCAUGCUUAGGCAGAAGCUGAUGUCUCUGGAAGAAGAGGUCACUGGGCUUCCUCAGGGAUGGGGAGGCCUCAUCUCCAGCCUGGAUCCUGUCCCUCAGAACCUCAGUUGUGAAGGUGUUUGUGCCAGAUCUUGACCCCGAUCCUGUUAACUUAUCAUUGUUUAAAUAAAUCUCACUUGCCAGUUA